AUGUCAGACGAAGAGGACGAUUACCUAUCCGACAAGUUCCUCCUCGCUGCCUCCGCACCUGAGAAGCCCCAGACGUACUCGCAGCGCCGCAAGGAAGCGGAGAAGCGCGCGCAUGAGCGCAACGUGCAGAACAGGAAGAAGUCGCGCAGGCAGCUUGAGCAGCAGGCGCGCGAGGAGGGGCUGAGCAAGAGCCUGUUCGAGCGCGCGGCGGAGGAAGCGAGGGCGGUAGAGGAGGCAAGGGCGGAGGAGGAGCAAGGAAAAGCGACGGAGGAAGGGAAUGCGCCAGCGGGGAAUAAGGCGCUGGCGAUGAUGAUGAAGAUGGGGUUUAAGCCGGGCCAGUCGUUGGGGAGGCAGGAGGAGGAGGAUGAAGAGAAGGUGGAAGAAGAGCAGAAAGCAGAGUCGUCAACAAGGACGCGCUCUCCUUCUGCAUCGGCGGCGACUACGUCGAGGCAUCUUAUCAAUCCUAUAGCGAUAAAUGAGUGGUCUGGGAAGGUUGGCAUCGGGGUGAAGAGGCGGCCUCCGUCACCGACCUCGACGGAGAUGAUAGCCAAGAUGGCGAAGAUGGCCGACGAGACGAAGCACGUCGACUUCCGGGACCGGGCCAGGCAGGAGUACCUCGAGAGGCGAGCGCACGGCCAGCUCAAGGGCGCGCAGCGCACUUGCUAUAACCUUGACGAGAAGGACGGCAAGAAGUACAACGUCCUCUGGCUAGACCCCGAGGACCGGGACACCUUUCCUCCUGGUCUUAUCGACGCGCUGGAGCAGCAGACCACAUUCACGAUGCCCUUACCUCGCGAUCCGCGGCGAGACGAUGACAUUGAGGGCCGCUUGCGCAGGCAGAUGCACAAGGACCGCUUACGCCCUCUGAAAGCGGAGGACGAAGAUGAGGGGAAGGCCGCUGCUGUACCCGAAUUCGAGCAGUCUACGCUUGAGGAGGCGUGUCAGUUUCUGCGAUUGCCGGCUGCCGACCGCUUGUAUCUCGUACUCAGCUACCUGCGAGACAGAUACUCGUACUGCCUAUUUUGUGGCACGCAGUACGACGAUGAAGAGGAUAUGGCGAAGAACUGUCCAGGGCCGAGCGAGGAUGACCACGAUUGA